AUGCAGCAACAGCAGAUUCAGGAACGAAAUGCAUCAUUCGCUUUAUUAAAUAAAGCAGAAACAUUAUGCAAUACAUGGCAUCGAAUACAAUCCAAAUCACUACUUUUAUUACAAUCUAUAAGUAAUAUUAUCGCACAGCGAUAUGCUGUAUUAGAUCAAAUGUCAACUCUAGAAAUACAUGAUGUUAAUCCUUCGCGUCUGAUGUUUAAACAAACUGAAUCCAUGGAGAAUUCCAUUGCUAAUCUUUAUUCUACUUUGGACUUGUUUGAAAAAGUAACAGAUGACUGGUAUCGAUUAGAACAUGAAGCUAUUCGACACGUAUCAAAAUCAUUAAAUCAGCCCUUCCUCACAAAGCCACAACCUAUUUCUACCCAUUCACUCAUACAGGUUACUGCAGUGACACCAGCUCAGACACAUGAUAUAAUCAGCCGGUUAUCUUACAUGUAUAAAAAUGAGUUUACCCACAAGGUGACACUAUUAUCUUCAUUAUCCUCAAGUGUCUCAACUCAGCGUCAGAUUCAAACUUUGAUUGAUUGUUGGAAUCUAGAAUCAAAUAUAGAUUCUUCUAUUGAAACAGAAAUGGUUGAGCGUAUAAAGUUAUACAAAACUGUAAAGAAAGUUUUAGAAUCUGUAGACUAA